AGGGAAAGCCAAAGCAACCAACCAACCCUGUUUCUCCUUCUCUCCUCACUCACUCACUGUGCAUGUAGUACGAUGUAAUCUAAUUAAUUCACCAGUUGUUUUUAUUUUUCUUGAAAAAGCAAGCUUACUUAUUAAGCAACUAGUCCACUAGCGAGUAGAAAAGCAAAGUGGUGAUCAGUCGUUGGCUGGUCAACAAGGUCUUUGUUUUCUGUGUUCCUCUCUUCAUAUGUUAGAUACUAGGAUUAGAUCAUCGAUCAAUUUGUAAAGUGAGUCGGUCACUGGUAAGCUCGAUCGGAAAACGUACUGCAUCUGCGAGUUGGUAAUAAGAUCGAAGAAACCUCAACACUCCAUCUGCUUCUUAUAUUUUCUAGUGCUAGAUGCAUUCCAAGUUAAUUAAGACGUGCUAGAUCUUUUGCUUUCCUGGAAAAUUUCCAGAAACCUCAUUCAAACAUCGUCUUCUUGCAACCUCCCCACUAUGAGGUAUCGGUUGCUGCUGGUCAUCGGGAGUUCAGCAAUAUUAUGGUGGACAUACAAGAAUCGCAAACCUCCCCCCCAAGAAACAAAUGGUCUCGCUUUAUACCAUUUUCAUCAUCCCCUCAGCCUCGUCCUGAUGGGGUUUGGCUUAAUCGGUAUUGGUUGCUGCUAGUCAUCGGGAGUUCAGCAAUAUUAUGGUUGACAAACAAGAAUCGCAAACCUCGCACCCCCAGAAACGAAAGGUCUCGCUUUAUACCAUUUUCAUCAUCCCCUCAGCCUCGUCCUGAUGGGGUUUGGCUUAAUAGGUAUCGGUUGCUGCUGGUCAUCGGGAGUUCAGCAAUAUUAUGGUUGACAAACAAGAAUCGCAAACCUCCCCCCCAAGAAACAAAUGGUCUCGCUUUAUACCAUUUUCAUCAUCCCCUCAGCCUCGUCCUGAUGGGGUUUGGCUUAAUCGGUAUUGGUUGCUGCUAGUCAUCGGGAGUUCAGCAAUAUUAUGGUUGACAAACAAGAAUCGCAAACCUCGCCCCCCUCCAGAAACGAAAGGGGUCGCUUCCCUGAAAAGCCACCUCAGCGUCAGCCAACAUCAUCUAUAUCCAGCCUCACCGAAAACCCCAACAUAUUUUUCUGGACCAUCUCCAUCUUCCCCAAAACACCCUCCAACAUAUUUUUCUACACCAUCUCCGUCUCCAUCUUCCCUGAAACCCCCAGCAUAUACUUCUAAACCAUCUUCAUCCUCAACUCCAUCUUCCCCAAAACCCGCCCCCAGCAUAUAUUUUUCUCUAUCAUCUCCGUCUCCAUCUUCCCCAAAGCGCCCUCCUGUCUUUAAGUCAGUUCUAUGCCCAGCCUCCUCCUUCUCAAAUAAUGAUGAUAUAAUUCAACAACAACGAGACAGGAAGAAAACAGCUUACGUAUGUGUUGAAGAGGAUUCAUUACCUGUAUUCACGAUUCCUGAGGAUAUCAAAACCUUGAUCAAGAACGAAACUGUGCCCAAAGUUCUCAACUGCUCUUUGUCUCCCACAACGUACAAGGAUUACUUUGCUGCUCUGUUAUAUUCUGAAGAUUUCUUCUUGGAGAAAUGGAGUGAUUUCCUUUUGAAGGCUGUGACAUUGGAGUUGAAUGAAGCUGAAAUUCAUAAAAAUCAGAAAAAGCAAGAUAAAGCCUUUGUGGCAUUUGAGCUUGAUUCUGUUCCCCAGAAUAGGCCAUUCCUCUUAUCAAGGGACUUGGUCUUUGCACGACCAGUGGGUAGGAGUACUGCUGAGCCCUUUCAGGGUAUCAUUAAUCGCAUUGUAAGGAGCAAAACCGUUUUAGUUGAAUUUGAAGAUGCCUUUUAUACUCAUCAUCAUUCCAACAAAAAGUAUGAUGUCAGCUUCUCAUUCAAUAGAGUUUGCUUGAAAAGAGCUCACCAAGCAGUUAAAGAUGCAUCAGAGGACUUGUUUCAGAAUUUCCUCUUCCCUCAUUGUGACUCACGAGGUAGCAUUCCUACUGCACCAGCUCUGCUUUCUACUACCUGUCAUAAGCUCGAUCGAGAUCAACGUUCUGCAGUUGGACAUAUCUUAAGGAUUCAGGGCUCACCUCCUUAUGUAGUAACUGGUCCGGACUCUGUACCUGAAGGCAAAUCUUUUGCAUAUUUUAGAGAACCUUCAAGAACUGGAGUAGUUGUUAGUGAAGCAGUAUACCAAUUAUGUCAGAAGUCGCCAGAGUAUCGCAUUCUUAUCUGUGCGCCCACUAACAGCUGCUGCGAUGUGCUGAUGAGAAGCUUGGGGAAGGUGAUUCCAGAGUCGACUAUGUUUCGUGCCAAUGCUGCAUUCCGUGAGAAAGAAGAGGUACCUGAGGAUAUCCUCCGCUCAUCCCUUUACAAAGAGUCCUGUUUUUCUUGUCCUCCAAUAGAGGAACUCCGGAAAUACAGGGUGAUUUUUUCGACUUUCAUGAGUAGCUUUCGACUACAUGAUAAAGGCAUAGCUGUUGGACAUUUUAGCCAUAUUUUUCUGGUGGAUGCUUCAUCCGCUAUUGAACCGGAAACAUUGGUCGCCCUGACUAACUUUGCUGACAAGACUACUAGUGUUAUAGUUACUGGUAAACCUGGAAACAGUCCGCGCUGGGUUCGCGCUGACAUUGCAAGGAAAAAGGGACUCAAGAUUUCAUACUUUGAAAGACUCUGUAAGCUCUGGCCCUAUAGAAGCCUCAGUCCAGUGUUCAUCACACAAUUGGACCUGAACCAAAACUCUGGCUCAGACUACCAAACAGCUUUCUGAGUUGGUUUAUUGGUUGCUUUUGAACGUGUGUAUUUCAGGUCUCAUGUGCUGCAGAUGGUUUUUAUGUAUUAAACUCUAAACCAAUUCUAUAAAUAUCAUCAUGUGUGGAAACUCCUAGCUUUUUCAAAUAUACAAGGCAUUCAGCUGUUUGUUUUUUGUA